AUGCGAAAGUAUAUCAAGCUCUUUGGGUUGAAUCUUAACUCCAAAUUCGGUCUGAUAGAUAAGAUUGUGUUGUGGAUCUUUCCGUCAUGCCUGUACGUGUACAGUGCCAUGGUGUUGCUGAGAAAAUGGAACUUUAAGGACGAUCUCCAAGAUGUUUUGUACGGAAUGGGCCUUGUGACAGCAAUCCCUCACAUUACAAUACCCCGGGCUAAAAGAACCACCUUGGUGAAAAUUAUGGACUUCUUGGAGAACAUUGAAAUACCCAGUGGAAAAGGUCGAGAACAACUUCGGUCUUCUCUACGAAGAACUGCUGUGACGGCGGCGAAGGUGACCAGACCCAUGGGAGUAGUAACUGUUACCGCCAUUGUCAGCGUGUGGAUUCUGACUCCUGAACGUAGUGGACUUCCUUUCAGUUCGAUGCCAGAGUCUGCGUUAAACUUCAGUUUCGUCGGCUGUUUGAUUUUUCAAGUUUUGAUGUACUGUGGUCACGCGCACGAGUACAUAAUGCUGGACGGCCUAAAAAUUAACAUCUUGGUGCAGCUGCGCAUGCACUUUCAAUACUUAAGAUUAAAUGUCGAGGACAUUUUGGCAUACCAUCCUUCAGAACUAGAAAGGGGCGAGGCAUGGAAUGUCUUCCAGAAACGGCUGAAGGAGUUAGUCACGUACCAUUGCUCGCUAACAACGCUCGUGGAGAUGGUGGAAGAUGUAUUUAACAAAUGCGUUCUUUUUAGUUUCCUCACCUUGUCAGUCUUCUCGUGCUUUUCCCUGUAUAGCAUGUCAAGCAUCGCCUUAUUUGGACUGCAAUUUUGGAAAUUUGCCGGAUUUAUCCUUUUUCCCUGCAUACUGUUCUUUGUAGACUGUUACUUUUCCGAAGAAGUACUGACAGAAAGCGCCGAGUUGUCUAAUUCGUGUUACAACGUUGAGUUUAUCGGCGCCGAUGUAAGAUUCCAGAAGGCCUUGCUGAUGCUCAUCCGAAGAAGUCAGAAGAGACUGAUGUUUACGAUCGGAAAAUUUGCUCCACUUUCGAUUUUAACAACCGUCACCAUUAUGAAGGCUGCUGUUUCGUACUUUAUGUUGUUGCGGAAUAUGAAAAACCAUUAA